AUGCCCAAGGACCUCCGCGGAAAGACUGCCGGCGCCGCCGGCGCCGGCGCGGCCGGCGGAAAGUCCCCCAAGGAGCGGCAGCUGGACAGCUCGUCUCCGCCUUCCGCCGCCGCGACUACCGCAUCCGGCGCCGCAUCUGGCGCGUCCGGCGCGCCACCGUCCUCGUACCGCCGCACCCGCAAUCGGUGGAACCCGCAGGACCCGGUUAGCAUCUCCGCUCCUGUCGCGGCCGCUAUCUCCGCAGCGAUUCCCGCUGCGAGCGGCGCGGUGGACUGCGAGAUGACGGAGUCGCGUGAGGCCGGAAACGCAUGCGACUCGGAGAAGCCGAUUCGAGAGAAGACGGGCAAAUCACCGUCGAGGAACGGAGCUGACUCUGCAGCCAAUAACGUCUCGCCCGGUCACAAGCGAACGAGCAGUAUGAGUGACGACGGAUGUGACAAUAACGAGUACGCGUUCAGCGGCGUAGAGGAGAAACGAUUCUCCGCGCCUAAACGUCGCGCCUGCUCGAUGGAGGGUUUGACGGUGUGGUCUCCUGUCGGCGCAGCCAAUCAGGAGCCGGGAUUGAACCGCUCAGCGAACUCUGUCAAUGGAAACGAUGUAAACGUUUUCCGUCAACCACAGCCGCUGUCGAACGGCGAGUGCAAGCCGAUUCGCGUGACGGAAUCUGGAAACUUGAGCCCGUCGACCCCGCCGCUCACGGCGAUUAAGGCAGACGCUAACCUCAACGGUAACGUUAACGUUAACGCUGCCGUGGACGCGACUGAUUCAGCGCUCGACACGGCGCCAGUCACGCCCCGUCGGACGGCAACAGCACUCGAAGCUACGGCAGUAUUCUCAAGUCCUCUGGAGGCGAAAAAGUCACGUUUAAAGCUGACUCAACUGCAAACGGACUUCGAUAUAGUCACAGGCGACGACCCCGAACCGCUACUUCUUCCUGUCGCGGAGUCCGGCCACGUCAGUGCGCCCGCCGCCGUUCCCGGCGCUCGUGCCGGAUCGCGCUUCGCCUCCCCCAGCGGCUUCUCCCCCUGCGGUGCUCGCACGAUCGGCUCGAGCCGCCGCUGUUCCAUCACGCCACGUGGCGUCGCCUCCGCGUCUCCCGCCGGCACUACCGGUGCAAGCUUCUCGUCCGCGUCGUGGGAUGCGUUUCCAAGCCCCAGCCUCGCUAUCACUCCUUCCGACAAUAGCGGGGAUGUUAGAAACGGAGGAUUUCCGGGAUUCACCGCGCUUGCCAGCACCCCCACGAGCGGGCAUUCAUCCGCGCUUCCGCUCCCCUCCCCCCGCGCGGCGCACGCUCCGCCUCCGCUGUUCACAAUCCCGCGCGGCGGAAGUUCCGCUUCCGGGGGAGCUCCGCGCGAAGCUGGCGUUCCGCGAGCGUCUCCGCGCGCGCAAGCAUCCGCGAAUGCUUUCUCCCCGCCGAGUUGCGGAACCCGCGGAACCGGCGCUGGAGCAAGCUUUGGAGUGAACAGCGGAAGCAGCAGCGGGGUCUCCUCUGGAUCCGUGCAUCAGGUCUCCUCCUCCCCCCGCCUGCUCCCCGCGCUCCCCGCGCGCCUGUCCGCCCGCCAGUCUUCCGCCAUGCUGCCUCCCGCUGCCCCGUCUCCCCCUACCCCUGCGCCUUCCGCUGCCCCUACUGCCGCCCCUGCUGCUGCUCUUCCUGUUGCCGCUCCUGCUGCCCCUACUGCUCUCCCCACCGCCACAGAUCCCAACGCUGCCAGCAUCAGCCUCCUCCUGAAGCUUCUAUCUGAGAAGCUGCAAGGCCAGGUGGUAACCCUGUUACCAGACAUGACCGAGACCAGCAGCAUGACUGCCUCUAGUGCUGUUAACUCCUCCCUCUCCCCCCAGAACCUCUGCCAUCCAGCGCUCAACAGCCCUGUUGCAAGUCCUGCCAAGCCUUGCCGCUCGGGCAGCGGAACAACUGUCGGGAACGAGGCUGUUUUCGGAAGGUGUGUGUCUGCUCCUGAUCUGGCAGCGCCCGCUGAGCUAGCAGCCCAGGCCGAGCUGGCAGCAGCUGCUGACGUGGCACUUGAGGAUGCAGGCGAGCCAGCUGUGCCUGAUGCUGUUAUGGAUAACUGUCAGGCAGCAGAUAACUGCCCUGUAACAGAUCCGUGGGCGUGGUUACCACCUGGUUGCGGUGAAGCGGAUGGGUUAGUGAUCUCAGAACCAGCUGCUGCCGUUCUACCCCAUGCUCCUGUCGUUCCUGCUCCUGCUGCUGCUGCUGCUGCUGCCCCUGCUGCUCCUGCUGCUGCCCCUGCUGCUCCUGCUCCUGCUGCUGCCGCGGCUGCUCCUGCUCCUGCUCCUGCUCCUCCUGCUCCUGCGGCUCCUGCCACAGGUGAUGUUACUAGUGGUGGUGGUGCGUCUGCAGCAGCAGCUGCUGCGCUGUAUCAGCACCUGGAGAAGCUUCUAGCCGACAACCCUCUCCCUGCAGCUGCUCUUCCUUCGCUACCUCUUCCAUCUCAACCGCUUCCAACCGGCCCCACUGCCGCUGCUGCUGCUGCUGCCAGUGCUGCUGCUGCUGCUGUUGGUGGUGCUGCUGCUGGUGCGGGAGGUGACCUGCUGGCUGAUGGUGUGGCGGCGGCACUUUGGUAA